AUGGCUCAUGGGUUCACGGUUACGGCCGUUCUAGCAAUUUUACUGGUGUGCAUUCCUCUUUCACUGGCCAAUGAUCCUCCAAGCGGACAACCCUCGGGAUUGCCGCAGCAGUCCCAAGCCGUCCCGGGCUCACAGCUUAGAAAUAAUGCAACCUCGCCGUCAUCUGUCGAUCAGCAACCGUCCAACCAGGCUCCAUCACGAGCGUCGCCGCCACUGCAGGCCGAAUUGUUCGCACAUUCGCCGGCUGAAUCCCCGCCGUCCUUGAAUGAUCGACAAUCUGCCAGCACUGCAAACGCGCCGGCAUCCCAGCCAUCCGCGGAGCCACCGGCGCAGCAGCUUCCGCAGCUGUCGUCUCCCCCACAGGCUCCGCCUGCUGGAAGCCGGACAGAGCCGAGCAGUGAUGCGCGGAAUAACGCUCCCGCUGCGCCUGCUUUUCCGGAAGCUGCGCCUCCGCUUUCCCCUGCAGGGGGAGAAACCGUGAGCGGAGCGCCGGCGCAAGAGAAGGGGGGCGCGGAAGCGUCGCGCGAGGAGGCGGAGCAGCUGUCGACGACAUGCGGGCUGACGGACUACAUCAGACAGUCCGGCGCAUGUGACAGCAAGGGGCGGCGCACAGUGUCGUUUGUGAAGGCGCGCAACUGCACCGAUCCGUUCCCCGUCCAGCCCUCGCAGCAGGAGCCGUGCACAUGCACGCCGGAGGACUUUGAUGUCGUCUACACGGCCUCGCGUGAUGGUGCCACGUGCAACAUGCAGUACCUGCCACGCAGUAAACCUCUUGUUCCUCUUUUUUCUCAUCCCUCUCUCCCUCCCCUGCCAUCCGCACAUGCUGCAUGGCCAGACUGCACGGGAGCACAGCAGUCACAGCUCAUCCCAGUGGACAAGGUCUACUGCGGGCUACCGAAUGCGCCAUGCACAGAGGCCCACGUGGACGCCAUCUACUCCGACUGUGACUUCAUCCGUGACUCCCUCACUGGCCUCAACAUCUCUGCCAUGCGUUUCGUUGAGGUGCACCCUGGGGGAGGUGCACCCUGGGGGAGGUGCACCCUGGGGGAGGUGCACCCUGAGCUGCUCCCUUCCUCCCGUGUGCUCGUCCCUGCUCGCUCUAUCUGUACUGCACUCCGCUCAUUCACAUUCCCCUCCCAUCAAGUCUCAUGCCUCACGCAUUCCCCUUCGUACAUGCACCACGUGUCCCCUUGUUCCCUUCCCUCCUUCCACUCUCCCUCCCCUGUGUACUCCGAAUCAGACAUGCAGUGCGGGGCGGGGCACUACCUGCACCACGACCACUGCCACAAGUGCCCUGCAGGCACGUACAGCAUGGGGGGGAAGUGGCGGUUCCAAGACAUAUCUGAGAUCGACCCCCUCUACUUCAAGCUGUGCACGCGUCUGCCAUUCCCUCCUGCCGCCAUCCCCGCCCCCGCCCCCCAGACGGAGUGCAGGUUUACCAACGCCUCUGGCACCUUCCACUGCGACCCCUGGUACGCGGAUGAUGGUGCGUUUGAGGCGGGUGCAUACGACUACAUCAACGACUGGCUCCCGGAGGUGUGUGCAUCGAACCCGGCGUACAACUGCCACAACAACCUGCUCUCAUCACUCUCCCUCGACGUGCACCUCGUGCGAGACGGGUACGUGAAGUUCAACUUCACAGUGAGUGCAGAGGUGGGGCACGACGGGCUUGCCUUCUACAUCGACUCUCUCUCACAGCCCCUCAUGGCCCUCACCUCCUACCAGUUUGAGCCGCGCGAGAUGGUGUUCCCGGUGGAGGCGGGGCAGCACCGCCUGGUGUGGGUGUACAGCAAGGAUGACAAGUGGAGCAAGGGGGAAGACAUCGCCACCAUCCCGCACGUGUACGAGUCACUCCUUCCGUGGCGGAUUGCCAAUGCCUUUUCAAUACUGCGAGCUUGCUUGAACGAAUCUCUCCUCGUGCACCACCUGCAAUGUUCUCCCCUCCUGCCUACUGCCCCCUGCUGCCAUUCCUACCUCCCCUCCUCCCUGCCUUCCUCCCUUCCUUCCCCCCUCCCUGCCCCGCAUCCUUCCGUCCACCCUUUUCUUCCCUUUCCCCUCUCCUCCUCUCCUUUCCGCCUCCUACCCUCAUCCCCUCAUUCCCUCAUUCCUAUCCCCCCUCUCCCCGCCUCACUCCACAUCCCCCCAUGUGUCCCUCCCGGUGCCUGGAGGGCGCGUCAGAGUGCACGGCAUGUGGGAGCAGCGCCUAUGCGCGCAUUGUCCCGCGCACCGACUGCAAGCCCCGCCUGCGUGAGCCUGCCAGCCCCGCCCCUCGUGACACUCCACACCACCAUUGCCACAUGCAUGCAUACCGUUCCCACCUCACUCCCACCUCACUCCCACCUCUCUCUCAUGACGCACUCUCAUCUUGUACCUCUCCCUCGUGCGACCACUGUUGUCUUCCCCCUCUCCCAUCGCGGUUCAGCAUGCAGUGUGAGCGAUUCCACCAUCACCUACACGCCAUGCCAACUCGCCUCCAAGAAGCGCAUCAUGAAGUGGCAGUGGAUCCAGCCUCAGAUCUGUGACCCCUCCAACAUCACUCUGCCCAUGGACAUGCCUCUUGACUGCGAGCCGUGCCCGGAUGGCCAGCAGGCAGAGCCCGACCCGCAGUCAGGGGAGAUCCGCUGCACCCUCUGCCCUCCCGGUACGGCGCGGCAGGCGAGCUACGAGGGGGGGGCGGGCAGCGCUGGCAGCAUGUUAGAGGGGCGGUGUGAGACGUGCAGCGAGGGGCAGGUGGCGAUGAAGACCCUGUCGCUGAGGCACUUCACCAUGCAGCCCAACGGCGCCCUGCCCCCCAACUUCACCACCGGCUGCCAUGGCGACUGCGGCACCUUCGGCUGGAGGGCCUUUCAGGACCACCUCGACUCGGGCAGCGGCCACGGCCCCACCGCCUCUAUAUGGCUGGCGCUGGAGGUGCACAUGGCAGUGCUCGGGUACAUGACAUUCAACUACUCCGUUGACAUCCUCCCUGGCGACCCGGGGCGGGCUUUCUUCUUCUUUAUCGACCAUGACCUCAUGGACUAUGUGGAGGUGACGUCAUGGACUAUGUGGAGCCAUUGCUCUGGCCGCACCACGAUGACCCGCUCAUACUCUUCCCUCCUCCCCACUGCCCGUUCCCUCUGCCAGCAACAACGCGUGGAGUGGGAGGAGGGCGGGGAGGAGAGUGGGCACCCGGGGUCAGGGGAGAAGGAGACGCGCAUGAGUGGCAUAUGGGAGCUGGAUGUGGGGCGCCACUCGCUCAUGUGGGUGUGGCAGAAGCUGGAUGACACCGGCGCUGCUACCAGGACCACCCGCGACUCUGCUGUCAUCUAUGACAUCCAUGGAGUGGCGGAGGGUGGUGCAGCGCGGUGUGAGGAGGUACCGCAGGGGACAACGCUAGCAGAGGGGGGCGACUCAUACGUGCCGUGUCCCCCCGGCACCUCCAGUGAGGGCGGUGCGUCCUCCUGCCUGCCCUGCCCGCCCAACACCUUCAACAACCAGCCCCAGGGGGCGCAGUGGGCGUGCAAUCCGUGUGGAGCGGGCACAUCGGCCCUGGCGGGCAGCACCGAGUGCUUCAUCGGAGACGCCACCCGCCCUGCCUCCUUCUGCACCUUCGAGCUCCCCACCGAUCAGCUGCCUCGCAUCCCCCACCUCAGCGAAAAAGCGGCGGAUGAACAGGCAGGGCAGGAGGGGGAAGGGGUGGUAGAGGGAGAGGAGGAGGGGAAGGGGAAGAGGGGGAUGGAAGGGGAAGCAGGGGAAGGGGGAGCAUUGCCCCCGGGGGGGACGGUGGGUGCUGUGAGAAGCAAUGAGAUGGCGGCCGCAGUGGUGUUUGACCUCUCCCCCCUGUCCCGCAUGCACCCCGGCCGCAUUGCUGCUCCUGACUCUCUGCCUCACUGCAUCACUUCACCUCCUCCCCUACUCUCCAUCCUGCUCUCCAUCCUCCCCAUCUCCCCCACUCUCUCCUCCCCUCCCUCCAACACCCCCGCCGCUCAUCCAAUCACCCCACCCCCGUUCGCCCCAUGCCGAAUCCCCACCGCACCCCACCCCAUGCAGGUGGAUCCACGGGAGGCCACAAGCGGAGCACGGCCGGGGCAUAAUCUAGGCAGUGCAGUGGCUGUCUAUCCGCUGGCAGCCGUGCAUGCAGGGCUGUACCGGCGCGGGCUGGUGAUGGCGUUCACAGGGGACGAGUGCCCGCAGACCAACAUGCCUAGGGAGACCAACCUCACCUUCAUAUGCGACCCCGCUGCUGGUCCAGAGGCAUGGACCAAGGAAGGGCAGAUGGCAGCACUCAACCCGGUGCUGGGGUACCCGCAGUACAGCCAACGGGGGGGAGCGGUGCAGCGCAUCGAGCACAGCGACUGCUCGUUCAGCCUCGUGUGGUACUCGCUGUUUGCGUGCCCGCUGUGCUCCCAUGAGGACUAUGAGCGCGUGGAGACGGCUGAGUGCAUGGACGAGACAAGGGCCACCUUCAAGUGGAAAUUGCCCCGGGUGUGCCAGCUGAACCCGUUCAACCCGCUACCCCAAGACGAGCCGUGUGAGCCGUGCAAGCCAGACGACAUCAUCCGCUCGCAGGGCGACUGUGCUGACGCCAACGGCAACCACAACAUCACCUACUCAUGGCGCCAGCCGCACCACUGCAGCCCCACUCUCCCCGGCGCUGCCUCCCUGCCGGCACCGGAGCUGGUGGGGCCGUGUGAGCAGCGGUGGGUGUACGUGCCUUCGGAGGCGCUAUCUCCCAUGUGGAUUGCACUGUUUGUGGGCCUGACCGUGCUCAUUGUGGGAUUUGGAUAUCUCUCGCUUGUCACGUGGCUCCGCAGCCGUCGAUUGCGGCAGAUGUAUCAACGGCUGGUGGAGGCUGAGGUGCAGAUGGAGGGGGAUAUGGUUCUCCGUGCGGCCGCGUUUGGCGGGCCGGCAGGCAGGAAGACAGGUAUGGGGGUGGGCGACGCGUUGGUGAUCCAGACAGCGCUCAGCGUAACACUCGCGUCGGCGGCGCGGCGAGCCGGAUGGAUCAGGCCGCGCACUGUGCUCACCACCCUCGUCGCCUCUCAUACCCUCCACACCGCUCCUUCUUCCCCUCCCCUUUCUCCUUCCAAUCCCGUGUGGCGGGAUGCGGCAUGUGCUGGCAGCUACCACCCGGAGAGGAUAGGCAACGAGAACGUGCGCAAGGCGGUGGACGUGGCGCUGUGGGUGGGCGACGGCAUCACCGCUCUGGUGAGCGCAAAGCUGAUGGGGGCGGUGAGUGCACUGGGAGUACCCGUACCGUAUGUGCAUGCAGGUUUGCAGGCUGCGGUAUUGGCCAGCCUCUCCUCUUCCUCUUCCACAUCACCACACCAAGCAUGCAACUCCCCUCUGUCAACCUCUUUCACUCGUGCCCUCUCUGCCACCAUUUUCCCCCCCACACCACCACCACCACGAUGA